GCCUAGUGGAAACAUAUUGGCUGUGAAUUGAGAUCGAUUCAAUGAAGACGUUAACACGUACGCACAAACAACAGCGAUAACUUACGAUUUCCACUGAGAGCGGUCGCAAGAAGGAAUUCAGCUCGGUUUAUAUCAGAACUGACGAACGAUGCAGCAACAAUACCAAGCAGUUUUACUAGUGGCGUGCUGUUUCCUCGCCUACUCGAACGCAUUUGAAAUACCGGAGCGUUAUAAAAAACCUGCGAAAAUGUUGCAUGAAAUGUGCGUUGCCGAAUCGGGUGCCUCGGAGGAACUGCUGCGACAGUGUCUGGAUGGGACGAUCCACGACGAUGCGGCAGUCCAGUGCUACAUUCACUGUCUGUUUGAUAAAAUCGGAGUCAUCGAUCCGGAAACGGGACGCAUUUUCCUGGACUGGCUGACCGACAUGCUACCGAGCGACUUGCAGCAAGCGUUAGCCCAUCUAACGCGCGAGUGUGGACACAUUGUUACCGAGGACAAAUGCAACACCGCAUAUCAGACGGCCAAAUGUUACUUUAGUGCGCAUGAGGAUGCGAUCAAAUUUUGCCAUCUUUUGAUCUUGGAUUGACCAAGCCAACCAUCACGGAAGUGGUAUGCUAUCUGUCUUAAUUAAUACGCAUCGUGAUGGUGAGAUGUCGGGUAUGGUUCGGUACAGUUUCCACUUCGGAGAAUUUAAUUUACUUUCACACCAAAAAGGUAGAUGGUUUCAA